AUGGAGAUCUUCUGUCGCAACCUCCCAGAGCAGGUUCAAGAGAAACACCUGAUAAAGGAGCUCAAACCCAUCUUAGAGCAUUUCCAAAUUCAUGUCUUCGACUUCCAAAAGGUGGGCCGGAAAAAUGGUAGAAUCACUGUUACUGAUGUUAGGAAAGGUCAGCGCUUCCUCGACACAUAUGAAUCACGCAUGAAACCCGUCCGAGGGCCUGGCAGGCCAUCUCGCCCCCCGGCUACUCUAAAGCUAUAUGGGAUGCCUGUUUAUGUGAGCAAGAGCACCAACAUACCCCAUAAACAACUUCUACAAUCGCUUUGUGAGGAGGAAGAGGAGCGACUGAACGCGCGCUUUGCUCCCGCUCCAAGAUCGAUUGCAGGGAAGAUUGACCGAGUCAGGCAUUUUAAGGUCACUAUGAUGUCCUGUGGGUCGUGGGACUACCGUGCAAAUCAGCCAGUCUUCGUUGAAUACUUUCGAUUUCCAUGCCCAGGAGUCAUCCACAUUGGGAAGACUGCAUUCGAAGCUCUCUUUACAGAUAUUCGGUCCAUGGUAAAAACCAGCUUGGAAAUACCCUACUGGAAUGUAGCUGACGAUAUUUACGUGGGGGCUUAUGCGAAGCCAUCUGUUACGAUCACCACAGAGGUCGCCCCAAGGUUCUAUAUCUCUGAUCCAAUAGAGCAAAUGAAAGUGCAAAUGGCAGCAUUGCUCCAAACAAAAGGGCGGCCUCCACCACCAAAGAGGAGAGUCGGGUAUAUAACGUCCGGCCAUGAAAAGAUUUCCGCGAGAUGUUUUACAUAUAGGUUCGCCCUCCAGGACCCUCGAGAUACUGGUGUGGUGCGCAACUUAGCCCAUGACCGAAACGUUCCCAAGAUGAGCACAUGGAAUGAUAUGUGCGUUUAUCCUCGACGGCCCUACAAACUUCUAGACAGGGAAUUUGGAGCCUAUCUGGUGCGUAUGCCAUUUGACUACCGUGUCAAAUUCCAGCUGCUGAAACUCGUAUGGAAUGGAGAGCUUUCGCUGGACCAAGCCUCGCUACUUCUCCCAGCCGUCCACCGGCUACAUCAACAGCAUUCCCCUGACAUUGUUGCUCAGGCACUUAUGCGGAUAGACGGAAAUUCAGUUUACCCGUCACCUGGUGUAUUGGCCUCUGAUGCUGGUAUUGAAGCACUUACCGAGACCUUGGAGGAUAGUCUAGAUACCAUCUUAAAAGCAAGAACUGAAUGGGACAUCAGUCUUAUGCACGAGAAAAAUGUUUUGGUGCAUCGGGCAACGGUUACUCCUGCCGGAAUCUACCUUUCCGGACCAUACGCAGAAACGAAGAACCGAAUUUUACGCAAAUAUUUAGACAACAUUGACUACUUCAUUCGUGUCGAGUUUCUUGAUGAGACAGGCGACCCUGUAUUCUUCGAUCCAAGUGCAAACCUGGAACAAAUUUUUCAUCAAAGAUUUGCUGGAGUUAUGAAGCGAGGUAUUGAAAUUGCAGGCCGUGAGUUCGAAUUUCUUGGGUUUUCUCACUCUUCCCUGCGGGCCCAAACCUGCUGGUUUGCUGCCCCUUUCACUACAGCAAACGGUGACUAUCUCAAUGCUAGGACAAUCAUCGGCAAUAUCGGCUACUUUGACCAUAUACGAUCUCCUUCCAAGCAAGCAGCUAGGAUUGGCCAAGCAUUCUCUGAUACUCUUACCUCCAUAUCUGUCUCUAAGGAGGUAGUCUGGAUGAGAGCACCAGACGUUAAAAGAAAUGACCGUAUCUUCAGUGAUGGGGUCGGAGUUAUAUCUUGCGAUCUAAUGCACAGGAUCUGGAAUGAAUAUGCGCUCCGGGAGAGGGUGAAACCGACAGUUUUCCAGAUCCGAAUUGCUGGAGCCAAAGGGAUGGUUUCUCUGGAUACCAGGAGAAAAGGCGAAUUCUUGAUGCUUCGAGAGUCAAUGGUCAAGUUUCCCACGGAUGAUCUAUACAACAUUGAGAUCUGUGGGGCCGGAAUCAGAGCAUUACCAUUUUACUUGAACAACCAGAUUAUAAAAAUUCUGGAAGACUUAGGGGUUCCAUUUGAAGCUUUCCACCAAUUACAACGGGACGAGAUAAACUUUCUUUAUUCGACCUUCAGUUCCACAGAACGAGCUGCCAAAUUCCUCGAGGACUCACCCGUACCCAGAUCCCUUCGGCUACCGUGGUUGUUCUUAGUUCUCAAGGGAUUGGGAAUACGGUAUACCCAGGACCCUUUCCUGAAGCGAGUAAUGGAGCUCACUACAUUGUUAAGGCUUCGUGACCUAAAAUAUCGUGCAAGAAUCCGCGUUCCCAAUGCCGUCACACUCUACGGAAUUAUGGAUGAAACUGGCUAUUUAAAGGAAAACGAAAUUUAUUGCGUUUAUCUAGGGGAAAACGGUCGACGUGAGAUUCUCGUUCGUGAUAAUGUUGUUAUCACACGGUCACCAGCUCUACAUCCAGGGGAUAUCCAGGUUGUCAAUGCAGUAGACGUCCCAGCAAACUCGCCUCUUCGCAAGCUACAUAAUUGUGUUGCCUUCAGUCAACACGGUGAUCGUGAUCUUCCAAGUAUGCUAAGCGGUGGAGAUCUUGAUGGCGAUCUCUACAAUAUUAUCUAUGAUACCCGGCUAGUUCCUCGAAAGACUAUUCCACCUGCCGACUAUCCUCGAGUUGAAGCCAAAGAGCUAGAUAGGAAGGUCGAAACUGAAGAUAUCAUUGACUUCUUUGUUACUUUUAUGCAGCAGGACCAAUUAGGCCGCAUUGCAACUACACACCAAACAAUUGCGGACCAGUCGGAGUUCGGCACUUUGGACCAAGCAUGCUUGAAACUCGCUCAUUUACAUUCCGUUGCGGUAGAUUACUCAAAGAGCGGGAUAGCGGUCAAUGUCUUGAGUAUCCCCAGAGCCCCGCGAGUCCGGCCAGAUUUCAUGGCCCCGAGUCCCAGAUUCCGUGUUGCAGAUAGCAUUGAAAGUAUUAUCGGUGAAAAAAAAUCAACCAUGCAGGAUGAUGACGACGAUGACGAAGACGACAGUGACCAUAGGAAAAUUCGAUACUACAAGAGUAAUAAUGUUCUAGGCCGACUCUAUCGUUCUAUCGACGAGCGAAGCUUCCUUUGUCAGCUACGGGAUGCAGGAGCUGUUGAUAUCAAUACCAAUACAAACGUUCUUCGCUCGAUCUGGAACUAUGUGCUGUCAGAGGUGGAUGGCUUUCUCUGGACUCAUCUCACGGGGAUAUUUCAUGAUAUCAAGGAUAUGUAUGAGCCACCAUUCAUCUCGUUCUCUCGUGAUAUGUUUAUGGAUAUUUAUCAGGCUGACGCGCUGGGAAUUAUUAGUUAUGAGGAUGAGCUUCGCGAAUUAAUGCGUAAAUACUCAGCCACGCCCUUGAAGAAUUCUAUCUCGGAAUAUGAACUGUUUGUCGGUACUAUUCUUGGCCACGGGCAUAAGCAACGUCGGAGAGACAAGGAUAAUGCAAAAGAAAUGCGGGAUGAAUACAACCGACUCGUCGAGUUCACUAUUUCUAUUAUCAGAGGCACGGAAUCAGGGGGAACAGAAGCCCUCGAGCGCUCGAUUGCCUGUUUUUGUGUGGCCAUAGACGGAAAAAGCUCCGGACAGAAGCCAGGUGUUAGAAGCACGCAUGCACACCAAGACAAACUCCUCAGCUUCCCUUGGAUAGCUGCAAUGACUUGCCUUGACGAAGUCGACAAGCUGCAGAGAUAUGCCCCUAUUUAA